UUCCUGCAAAUUCACCCUUCCUGCCAGCUGCCUGGGACAGACCAGCCACAGGUCUUCAGCCAAUGUUUUCUCUAGUAAGACUUCAGAGUCUUCCUUCUUUCAGCCUGUUGGAUGGUCACCGGGCAUUCCCAAAGGGAUGAUCUGUAGGAGCCUCCCUUGCCGGUCUGACGUUCUUUUCAUUACCUCUGGACAACUUGGACGCGCCGGGUUUCCAAGCUUUGCGGCGGAGAAAGCCUCCCGCCGGUGCCAGGGCUGUGGAUGCAGCAGGUGGGCUCCUGGCCGUCUUCUUGAGCCUUCUCUGCGGUGCCCCAGGAGGUACCGGCCAAGUCCGGUGGCCGGAGUCCCUGCGAGGCGGGAUCUCCUCCAGCUCACCAUCUGGGUUUUGGCCCAGGGGCCCCGACAGAGGAGGAAAGGUGACGAGCGCCCCAGCCCAGGGACAAGGAAGCCGCGACACCUGGAACAGCCGUCCAGGAGCCCGCUGUCUUCCCGCACCUCCCCCAGUCUCCGCCAGUGUUUAUCUUCGUUUCUGCUCCCUACUUUUCCUUUCACUUUUCUUUUCGUUGGGGGUUGGGAGUCCAACUCAGGGAACCCCAACUGAUUCGCUUGCAGCCAUCUAAGCCCGACACCGCUGGAAGGCAGCCGGGUGGCCAAGUCCUCCCCGCUGCUCCAACUGCCGCCCCCCACCCUGCAGCCCGGAUUCGAUGGAGGAGGUAUUCUGGAUGGAUGGCUGCUGGGAACCCAUUGCCAUAGCCAGCUUUUCUUCAGUACUUAAGGAUUUACCCGGGCAUUAAGUAAUGAGAAUUUCGAAACCAUAUUUGAGAAGUACUUCCAUCCAGUGUUAUUUGUGUUUACUUCUUAAUAGUCAUUUUUUAAAUGAGGCUGGCAUUCAUGUCUUCAUUUUGGGCUGUAUUAGUGCAGGUCUUCCUAAAACAGAGGCCAACUGGCAGGAUGUAAUAAGUGAUUUGAGAAGAAUUGAAGAUCUUAUUCAAUAUAUACAUAUUGAUGCAACUUUAUACACUGAAAGUGAUGUUCAUCCAAAUUGCAAAGUAACAGCGAUGAAAUGCUUUCUUCUGGAAUUGCGAGUUAUUUCACAUGAAUCCAGAAAUAUGGACAUCGAUGAAACAGUAGAAAACCUUAUCAUCCUAGCAAACAGCAGUUUAUCUUCUAAUGGGAAUAUAACAGAAUCUGGAUGCAAAGAAUGUGAGGAACUGGAGGAAAAAAAUAUUAAAGAAUUUUUAAAGAGUUUUGUACAUAUUGUACAAAUGUUCAUCAACCCUUCUUGAUUACAACUGAUCCUCUUCAGCAUUUCUAUUAUUAACAAAUGUCUUCCUGCUGCUUAGAGACAAAACACUCUGCAUUUCAAACAUGCUGCCAAAAUAAGAUUUUCUAGCAAGAAGAUGAUUAGGAUCUUGGAUCAGAUGAACUCUUAGAUAAGAAGACAGAAAAAUGUCAUUGAGUAUGGUGGUGACUAUGAACUGUCCUCAGACUUAUUUUGCUCUUUUAUUUUUAAUUUAUUACUGAAAGUGUGCAUAUUGUUAUAUAAUAUUAAAUGUUGAAUAAAAUUAUGUACGUGUUUUAACAUUUUAAAUUACACUGAGAUUUUUACUUCUUAUAAGGAAAAUGAGACAUUUGUUCAGGGUUAAUAACCAAAUUAUUUAACAACUGGUGGGGCUCGGCACCACUCCUGGGGAUAAACAGUUUGCUGGUUUGUUCCUGUUAGUGUUUAACCACUGACUGCCAGCCCUCAUCUACCUUUCCAGUAGUAUCUGGAGGAAGAACCGACUCAACAAGAAAAGGAAGAACCAUGAGUGCACACUGUGCUUUACUCUAUAAUUUAGUUAUUGAUAUGUAAAGCACCUGCUAUGAAGCAAAUACCAAAUUUUAAGUAUUGGCAUGUACUGUGUGUGCUGGUUUGGAUGUAUUGUCCCCCCAAAUGCCAUUAUCUUUGAUGCAGUCUUGUGUGGGCAGGAAAUG